UUGACCAAUAAGUACACUAUGCGGCGAGUCGCUUCCGAUAUGGUUGGCUAGCUACCGGACUCCGGACGCCAGUUGCUCGGCGGUUAGUCCCUGGCCCCGGUUCGACCCCCACACACGUCCAACUUACAUCAAACUUUAAUUCAACGUGCACGUAAAAUAACAACGUUCGGAAAUUUAUAAACGUUGGCGUAACCAGUUUUGGUAUUGAUAAUACAUUUUCAGUACAGUGUUAUUUCGAAAUUUGAAUUUAACGGUCGCGUUCAAAGUUUAAUAAUAAAUAGUUAUAUUGUUAAGUUUUAACGAUAUAAUAAGAAUUAAAAUAAAACUUAUUUUUUAUGUGUUAAGUGUAACUGUCAUAUAUAGUGGACUGUAAUAACGAUUGGAUCGCAGUUUGGACUUGAUUUUCAAGGAUGUGGUGGUUGCUGAAGUUAUCAAUCGUUAUGCAAUGUGUCAACUCCGUACGCAUCACGCACAUGCGUGUACCAGAAGUGAUUCAGUACGGCACGAAAGACUCCAUCACGCUGGACUGCGACUACGUGACCACUAACGUGACGGGACUGGUAGUGAAGUGGUUCUUCAACUACCGGGAGCAGCCGGUGUACCAAUGGAUACCGCCGCAGAAGCCGCAGGCAUUGGGGAUAUUAAAGGAUAAACUCGACCUCAACUACAGGGUAUCCCACAAUGCGUACACGCAGCACCGAGCGCUGCGAAUCCUGUCUCCAAGCACAGAUCUCACGGGAAACUACACAUGUGUCGUCUCCACAUUCUUGGCCGAAGACGAGAGGACCAGACCGAUGACCAUAUUUGUGCCAGAAACACGUUUCGACAUGAUACAAGACAGGCUGGACGACGGGUACCUCAACAUCAUUUGUUCAGCUGAAGGAGUGUUUCCAAAGCCGGAGCUCGUUAUCUUAGCAGGAAAUAGGCCUUUGAACGCGAAGACUACUAUCAAGCUGCUGGAAGGAAGGUAUACUGCGCUCACCAGCGCCCUGGUCAGGGUCGACGCAUUGCCCCCCACUGUGGAGAUUCUCUGCGACAUGCAAGUGCCGCUCGCCAACUACUUUAGCAGGAAAAGGGAUAUAUUUUAUAGAGAUCCACCUGUUACGCCUCCUGAAUCACCAAAUUCAAUGCACACAUCUGCACCGGAUAGUGGGAUUAAUGUUGCUCCGCGAUGGAUUGUCAUGGUCUCACUAAUAUCUGUGCAUUUUAUAACAAUACCAAAUUCAUGAUGUAUUUGUUACAAAUAAUAAAGCCAAGCAAAUAAGUCUGUAAUAUAUUAGUUGUAGAUAAGAAUCUGUAAGAUUAAUGACGAUAUCAUAAAUUCUUAUAAAGAGUGUAUAUAUUUGUAGUAAAAUAAUAUAUUUAGUCAAGAUAAAUUCGUAAGAAUAUUUUGUAAAUAAGCCAAAGAUUCUUGUUCGAGAGGAGGCAAGACAGAAAUAAUUUAUCCAAAGAUAUCAGAGUCACUUUCCAACCCUUUUAAAUUACUUAUGUUAUUUCUACUCAUACUGUAAAACAGUUUUCAAAUAUUUUCAAUCACAGUUGGUAAUAAGUCUCAUAUCAUUGACAUUUCUGCCUAAAAAAGCAACAAUCGAAGAAAAUUAGGAGUUUACGAUGUAAGUAAAUUUAGAAAAUAUACGUUUUAUUAUUUAUUUUUACCACGGAUUUCUGAUACGUUGCGAUUCAAACCGUCGAUAAUAAUAUUAAUGUCAUAUACUAGUACUUAACCCUACAAUGCAUGACUUUUUCGUUUAUGGAAAUAAAAUUAUAUGUGAUAAAUAUAUGUGUUUACUAUUAGGGAAAAAUAAUAAAAAAAAUACACAACGCAUAUUUUGGAAAAUAGAAGGUUUUUUAUCUGUGUUCCAUAUGUGAAACACCAUGCAUUAAGGUAUAGAGUAUAUACAUUUAAAAAUAUAUGGCACAUUUUCGUUUUUACAUAUUCCAUUUCUUUUUGUAAUGCUAUCAACCUUUUUUAUGGAUGUGGAUUGCUUUUAAGUGACUUUUGUGGAUUUAGCGGCCUUGAAUCAUGUUUUUGACGAGAUUUUUGUAAUUUUACUUAGUCCUGAUGAGGCCAGCUUGAAGCUCUACUGGUGAUGUAUUACCAGCAUCAGCAUUCCAAAAACUUCUGGUAUUGUAGGUUGACUUUACAGAAUUAAAGUGUAGGACGUGCAGAUGAUCAUGGAACACAUUGGUGACCUAUUAUUGAACAUGAUACCAACUCCGAAAUUCUGACAGGUGAUUCCGAUGUAUGGAGUUGUGAUAUAGUUAAAAAUAAGUCAUAUGUAACUGGCGUCAGCUCAACUAACUCGGGACAUGACGACCAACUAUUUUCUGAGUCGCUAAAUUCUUCAGAAGCCUGAUUUAUUAUUGCCCGCAUUAUUUCAAAGACGAGUUCACUAUCGGCACUCAAAUAUCCCAUCAUCCAGAUCCCGAUCAUCUUUACUUGCAAGGGAUUGAUAAAAAUGAUAAAUAAUGCUCAUUAUCUGCAUUCCGUAAGGAUUUACUUUCGCAUCGUCUAAAAACUGUUCAUAAUUAUUAAUUAAUCAGCUGUUGUGAGCUCUAAACAAAGGUUAACGAUUUUGAGCCUUAUGCCUUGGACAGAAGUUCUCAAAUGUAUACAUAUUUUAACGUGAGUGUGCCGUAAAACCAUAAAUAACCGUUCCUACAGAUUACGCCAAACUAAAACUUACGCCAACGUAAUAAAGACUCUGACAGGUGCAAGCGUUCCUUACUUGUUUUGUGUAAGCAAUAUUAACCUCAAUGCAUGGUGUGCCAUAUCGGGAACGUUUGAAAAAUAUUGCUUGACGCUAUCUAAACGUUGCAAAACUAUAAAAUUAAACUUACCAUUGAGUAAUAUACAGAUUAACAGUCACAAUAUAUAUUUUUUCUUAUUCUUUAACUUUAAAAUGAUUUUUUUGUCGCACUUCGAAACUUGUCAUAACAGAUUUUUGCAUCAACUCCCGAAAUUUGAUCGAUUGUCCGUCACCAUGGAUAUUUACUGCUACCUAGCGGCAACACGCCGAACUAUUAUAGUAGCCUUGAGUGUAAAGUAACCUUCAAGGUAUAACAGAUGUCGCUGCCUACCUGAAUCUUGACGCAAUUCGCACAUAUAUGGAACUGUAUGCAUUGUAGGGUUAAAACAUUUGAAUUUGCAGUAGAUAUAAAUAGUAGCGUAAGGUGCAGGGGGGCAAUUUCGACAGCGCGAAAUUUCAACUAAUCGAAAUAUCUCACAUGUUUUACAUUAUUAACUAGAUAUAUAUAGCGAAAGAGAUGUUGUUGGCGUAUGAUGUUUUUCGCUAUCUGGACAUAUAUGGGCACAGUAAUUAAUAAUGUAAAACAUGGAAGAUAUUUCGACUAUUUGAAAUUUCCCGCAGUCGAAAUUGUCCCCCUGCACCUUAUGAGAUUACCCUUCUUUAAUAGCUCUCUAAAAUUAGAUAUGUCUCUGCAUACAUGAAGGGGGAAAGUGGCAUGAAGGAGCCAGGUUUUGAAAGAGACAUUUGCAUUAUUUCGGUAGUUUAGGAGCGUGUUCAUAUGAGUGAAAUGUUUGUGGGAUACGGGAAAUAAGAGCACCGUGAACAAAGUUUUGUACGGUGCUCUAAAAGUUACAGUUGAUACAAAGUUCGCUGUCAAAUUACUGUAAUACUUAAUGCAAUUGGCUAUGUGGCUCUUUCGUGACACUUCUUUUGGUUUGAUUUCUUCUCGAAUGAAUAAAGCUAAUUAACUCCCAACAUUUUCGUAACGUUACGCUCGAAGCCGAUCCCAGCGUUUUUCCGCUUUGUAAAGGAAAGCGACUACGAACAGAUAAGUAAGAAUCCUUUAUAAUUUCCAACCUGUCAAUCUGGCUUCUUUAUUUUUUGUCGCCCAAUUUUACGGUAAGUAUGAACGCAAUAAAAUAAGCUAUUUAUAAAAAAAAAUAUGUAAAUGUAACUUCAGUAUUACGAACUAUUUGAAAACAUUCCGAAUGAAAUUUAAUUAAGUACUUCGCUCUAGUCGGA